CUGCGCAGAUCCCUGCGCGUUUGGCGCGUGUCGGUGGGUCUGUUUGCUCUCGCGGGAGAUCCGGUGGAGCUGCUAGCAUCUCAUCUGGUCGGUGUCGAUGCUCCGGUAGCGUGAUGAAGACUCCUCCUCCUCCUCCUGGCUCUCUGCGGGUCAAGCGCAAGAACGUCCGCCAGGUGAGGAAACACCUGUGCCUGAACCGGGUCUCCGGUCCCAAAUCGGCCCCCACCACCGUGGUCCAGAGGCAGGAGAUGGCCGCCUACUUCCGGCUGUUGGAUGAUGAUGUCAUUCAUGACUUUCUGAGAGCGGACUGCUGCUACAAGAUGACAGACAAGUACCUGUUGGCCAUGACCUUCGUUUACUUCAAACGGGCUCGUUUCCCCCUGGCCGAAUACACCCGGAUCAACUUCUUCAUAGCACUUUACCUGGCCAACACCAUGGAGGAGGACGAGGAGGAGAGUAAGUACGAGAUCUUCCCGUGGGCCCUGGGCAGGAGCUGGAGGAGGAACUUCCCCCGAUUCCUGAGGGAAAGAGACGAGCUCUGGACCCGAAUCCAGCACCGGGCCGCCGUCAGCCGCCGCUGCUGCCAGGAGGCUCCGCCCAUAGUAGAGGGCCUGCCCACAGGAGAGGCACCACCCAUGGUAGAGGGCCUGACCAUAAUAUAG